AUGUGCGCCCAGUUCGACCGCAGAGUCGCAAAAACGCACAAACCCACAAAGAACCAGACUCUCAAAUUCCCGAUCGAUACUUCCCGGAUACAAGCAACCGAUAAGAUGCUUUCCACUACAAUCCUCUUCGCACUCACCCUCACAGGCGCGCUGGCCGCGCCGGCACCUGCCCUCGAGGCACGCGGCGAAAUCGCCGCCGACCAAAGCUCCUGCAAAGGCUACCAGAGCACAUGGAAUAUGAAUGAAUCAAUCUACCAGGUAGUGGUUGGUCGUCCUUACCUUGGCGGCGACCGAUGCCCCGAGAUCAAGUCCAAAGUCUCCGCGAUCUACGAUCUCAAGAGACUCAAGUGCAGCGGCUCAAGCAAAAACAAGAACACCAAGCUCACAAUAGUGUCCAACAUGAGCCAGGACAACCAGUACAACAUCAACAAGGCAUUGCACAAUGCAUAUCCCGAGAUUACCUUCAACUGUGACACGAACUUGUCCAUGGAUUUCAAGUAA